AUGGGAAAUAAAAUAUCUAAUUAUUUUUUAAUUGGUGAUACUGGAGUUGGUAAAAUGAAAUUUAUUCAAGGGUAUAGUGACGAUAAUUAUAAAUACUUUUUGAGUGAUGGCUCGAGGUUUAAAUUAUUUUCAUACGAUGGAUUUAAAAUAAAAUUAUUAUUGGAAAGAUAUUUUGAUAGACCAUAUGGCGGUGGAUCAAAUACCACUGUAUAUAGAAAAACUCAAUGCUUUUUAUUAAUGAUUGAUGUUUGCGAUACUGAUUCAUUGCAAAGUAUUAAAAUUUGGAUAAGAGAAAUUGUAUCACUAUCAAAACAUGGAACUCCAAUAAUAAUUAUUGGAAAUAAAAUUGAUUUAAAGGAACAUAGAAAAUUUACAAGUGAGCAAGCUUUAGAAUUAAUUGAACAAAUUAAAGAUAAUUUAAAUAUAAAAAUGCAAAUUCCAUAUUUUGAAAUCUCUUCUAUACAACCCGACCAAUCACAAUAUGAUAGAAUUUUUAAACAAGUUUAUUCGUUAUCAAACCAAAGAUUUUACAAACCUUUAAUUAAUAUUAAUGAAGGUAAAAAUAUUGUUGUUGAAGAUUUUUCAAAAAAUGAUUCAAUCCCCAAUGAUGAUGGAAUUAAAAAAAAUAGAAAAAGUAAAAUUUUUAAAGAUAUUUUAUCAAUUUUUAAAUAA